UGUGCCGUCCUUCUUGUGCUCGCGACGCUCCGCUCGUACCUCCAGGCCAGCAGUUCUGUGAGCGCCACGUGGAGCCGGCCAAAGCCGCACCACGAGGCAGAGGCGAUGGCGAUGGCGAGGCGAAGCACGAGGACGGCACACAGGGAUUCUGUACCCGGCGAGAGGUCCGCCGGCUCCACACCCGCCGACACCGCCACUCCCGCCUCCACGCCCGCCUCCACGCCCGCUGCCGCCACUCCCGCCUCCACACCCGCUGCCGCCACGCCCGCCUCCACGCCCGCUGCCGCCACUCCUUUCUCCACACCCGCUGCCGCCACGCCCGCCGCCACGCCCGCCGCCGCCGCCGCCGACCCCUCCGAUGAGUGGACCAUGCGUCCAGACCUGGUGCGCGACCCGUGGCUGCGAGUCCCGUCGCUAAGCGGCAAGCCGGUGCGCCGGCAGCGCGAGACGGAGGAGCGAGGCCGGGGUGCGUCCCGUGCGCCUGCGUCUUCCCUUCCCGGCGCGCAGUGGCUGACGGACAAGCUCCUGCUCAACCGGCAUGCGGCGGCGCGGCUGCUGCCUCACCAGGGUCGGCAGCGCAUCCUGUUCAUGGUGUUUGGCGGCUCGUCGAUGGGCGACUUUCUGUUUCACUGGGUCGCGCACGUGCGGCGUCUCGGCCUCGACUCGCACGUGCUAGGCGCGAUGGACGAGGCUCUCUUCCGGCGGUGCGACGAGGCGGGCGUCGGCGCGGCGCUGCUCAAGACGCCGCCCACGCCGACGCGGGAGGACGUGGCGGGCAUCGAGACGAGCUGGCGGUACUACCGCAUGGACCCGAAGGCCUUCACGCAGAUGGGCGUUCUGAAGGUCGACUUUUUCGAGGAGUUUGUCCGCGCCGGCUUCGACGUGCUCGCCUCCGACCUGGACGUGACGUGGGUGCGCGACCCGAGGCCGUGGGUGACGGGGCAGGCUGCGGGCAUGCAGCUGCUGGCGCACGCCGACGUGCUCGUCUCGACGGACAUCGCCAACCUCGCGCUCGACACGGCGCGCUCCGAGCGGUGGCGGUACGCGGAGGUCAACACCGGCGUCCUCUUCCUGCGAAACACAAACGGCACGCGCGCCCUGCUCGCCGCCUGGAAGCGCAAGAUGCUCGACGAGCUCACGGCGGGUCGGCUGCGCAAAGACUCGUGGGGCUUCAACGACCAGACCUACUUCAACAUGAUCGUGCGCGCGCUCGGGCUGCAGGGCGUCCAGUCGCAGGGCGUGUGGAGGCAGUGGCUCGCCGAGCGGGGCCUGGCCGACGGGGAGGUCGACGCCUCGCGCGAGGGCGACCGCUCCGUCUACCGGAGCCGCAGCGCGCUGCCCCUCCCUUCGGGCGGGUCAGCGCACAUCACACUGACCGCGCUGCCGGCCCUCGAGUUCUCGGGCGGCCACAUCUACUUUGUGCAGCACGAGCAGCUGGCACGCGCCACCCCGCCGGUCGCGCUGCACACGACCUACCAGUUCUCGGACACGCCCGCGUACACGUGGGGGAAGAGGCAGCGCUUGCGCGAGGCGGGGCUGUGGCGGGGAGACGGCGAUGAGUACUUUGACGCGGCGCGGAGCCGCCGCUCGAGGAGCAGCCUUCUCUCGGACCCUUCUCGCACCCUUCUCGCACCCUUCUCGGACCCUUCCGUGCAGGCGCGGAGCGGAGGCUUUUUGCGGCUGGUCGGCCCGCUCGUCGAGCCAGGCAGCCUCGAGGGGGUGAAGGUGCGCGAGGGCGUGGCGGCAGUCCGGGUCGAGGGCACGAAGGGCUACACCGACCGGCUGAUGAACAACGUGGUCGACCCGACGGCGCUGCCCGAGGACAACCCGAUGAGGCGAGCUGCCUUGUCGUCAUUUGAAUGUGCACAGCCACAUGGAGGCGGCAUAGUUGCCCAUGGCCUUAAGCUGAAUCCGUUAGCUGCACAAGGGCACCUCACCUUCGACGUGCUGCAGCGGGCGGCUCUGCGCGACGCGCUCGCCCUCGCCAGGGCGACGGGGAGGACGCUCCUGCUCCCGCCGCUCACGUGCUGGUGCGACCGCUACUGGAACGCGCUGCAGCGGUGUCGAAUGGCCGAGGCGCCGAGGGAGAUGCGGCUCCCUUUUGCGUGCCCGAUGGACCACCUCUUCGACGUGCACCUCUGGGAGGAGCAGGAGGUGCCGGUCCGCGCGGCCUCCUUCCUCUACCACCCGCAGGCCAACGCCACCCUCCGCGGCGCGCGCGUGCGGCUGCGUGUCGCCGGCGGCGCGGGGGCGGCCGAGGCCGCCCAGGCGCCUCUCGCCCCGGGAGACCCGAUCCCGCCUCUGCCGCCGCCGAGGGAGGAGCGGACGGUGGCGGCGGGGACGAGGCUUUCAGACAUCCGUGCCGCGCUCGGGGCGGCGCGCGGCGCGCCCGUGCUCGAGGUCGGGGCGGCGGACUUGCGGCGGCUCUGUGUCGAUCUCGGCUCGCCGCAGGCGAACCGCGAGUUCGAUCACGUGAUGCAAGCGCUGCUGGGGCCGGCGGAGAUGGUGAGGUUCAACUACCGCCACAUGGACAGCGUGUGGGGCUUCCGCCCUCCAGCGCCCAUCGGAGAGCGGCCAGACUGCAGCAGGGCCAGCAACGCGGUGCAGCGACUUGAUGAGGCGUCCAAGUUUGUGACGCACUUUUACCCGUUCGCCAUCAAACCAGACACGGCCUUUGAGACGCGGCUGCAGUGACGUGACUGUGACAGAUUUGGUUCAUCAAAAUAGGAUUCAACAACAGUUGUUCUCCACUACUGUGGUGCAUUGAUUGCUCCCCAGCUUCGGAACUCUCAUUGCACAUAAGACAUAGAUUCAUUCCGCAUUUAAAU